AUGGACAGCCUGGGUCCUGGUAGGGUGCCCCUGGUGCAGGCCCCCUACACAGUUCUGCUGCUACCACUGGGGACAAGCCGCCAAGACCCAGGAGCCCGGAGCUUCUUCCUCUGGCUGCAGAGGAUGCAGGCUCUGGAGAGGGAACAGGAUGCCCUGUGGCAGGGGCUGGAGCUGCUGAAGCAUAGCCAGGCCUGGUUUGAAGGCCAUCUGAGGGAGGCACAGCAACAGCAGCUACGUGUGGGGGCCCUUGGUGAGAAUUUUCUAACAGAUUUAUACUCAGAGCCUGGUGGCCCCCAGUUGGCCCACAUUCAAAAGGUGAACAUCUGGUUGCAGAAUCUGAUUCAGGGGAAGGUGAAGAAUAUUCCCCCUGUUCUCUCCAUGUCCCUUGAACAGGCUAGUUCCUGCGCCACCCAGGAUUGGAAGGGAAGGCCAAGGAAGCAGAACUUGUGGCAACAACAGGAACUGUCAAGGCAGCAGAAAGGAGUCAUUCAGCCAAAAGGGGAGAUGGCUCAGUUGGGCUGCCCCAAGGGGCAGAGGGGCCCUACCAGUGUCUAA